AUGAAAGAUACGAAACAUCCCGAAUACGAUCAUGAACGCCCGGAUCAAUCUGAGAUUCCGCUCCAAGCUGGUACCAACAAAUUUGCCUCACAAAAAGGAAUGACAGGUUUCGGUACAUCACGGCGUGAAACAACGAAAAUUCGAGAUUCAGCACAUCCCGAAUAUGAUCCCGAAAGUAGCAUCGAUUCGACAACGAUCCCUAGCCAAAUGGGUAGCAACAAAUAUGCUUCCCAGAAGGGUAUGACUGGAUUCGGGCAGCCACGUUGGGAGGUUCUUGAUCCGUCAAUCUCAUGGCAAAACCGUAAAAGUCAAGGAAUGGUUCGUUUACAGUCGGGUACAAACAGGUGUCAGGGCAUGACUGGAUUUGGUACUCCACGUAAUACCACUUAUGAAGCGGAAGCCGGCGAGCUGCCAUAUGAAGACAUGAAGAAGUCCGAAACCGUUAUCCCAUCGCAGGCUGGCUGGAAUCGAGGCGAUUCCCAAAAGGGCAUGACCGGAUUCGGUGCGCCACGUGACGUGAAAGGCAAGCAUCUGAAGCGUAUCUGGGAGUUGGAAUAUCCGGAAGAAGCGGAAGCAUCACUUGAUCGGCUUUAA